AUGUUACAAUGCUUUAACAGUUUUCACUCUACGAAUAACAUUCAGUUGAAUAUACACGGAAACUUUUUGAAAUAUCUACUGUUCCUUAUUAUUAUUUCUUGUGAUAUUGAUUCUGUUACAAGUCACAAUUACAGAGACAGACGUCAAUUUUCCAACGGUGGCAAUGAGGUUUUCCGUGGGACACUUACCACCAUGCAGGAUGAGGACAAAUAA